GAUUUGACACCAUUUAUCGAUUCAUUUAGGGUGGAAAAGGAACUCCUUGUUGCGGAUAUUCAUGCAAAUACUCCCGUGUUUAUAAAUCUCAAAAGCAUAAGACUGCUGCAAGCAAAGCACAUUCUGGAAGUGGAUAAGAAAGAUCUUGGAGUCCUUCAGAAAAGUAUGAGGAAGAAUCUAUCUACUGGGAAAGAGAAAAAAGAAACCAUCGCUGUCAAUCAGAGUACCAGCAUAAAUGUGGUCUCACAGGCACCUAGUGUACAAAGAAAGCGAAAGAGAACUAGUUUCAAUAAUGUUGAUGGGAGUGUUGGCCCAAAAAAGAAGCAUGGUAGAAAAGAUUUAAACAACCUGCACCAAAGAGUUGAAUCCAUGAAUCUGAUCACCCAGUUGCCUGUUCACAUCAUCCAUUACAUCCUCUCUCUCCUUCGUAAUACAAAAGAUGCAGCUCGAACCAGUAUCUUGUCCAAAAGGUGGAGAGAGCUAUGGACUUCAUUCUCCAUUUUGAAAUUUGACCAACACAAGAUUCAAAAAGAGGGAAAUCUGGAUUUGAAGAAUGAGAACUUCAAGGACUUCGUAGACAAUUCACUGAAGAGACACCUCGAGCAAAAACUAAGUAUAUGUAAAUUGGUUCUACGUAUUACCUCUUAUGAUUUAGAUCUGGCCCUUCAUAUGGAUCAGUGGGUUAAUUUGGCUGUCGAAAACCACCUGAAAGAGCUAGAUCUCCACUUUUUCAUCGAGAAAAACAUACAUUACACUUUGCCCCAGUCUGUUUUUGCUGCAAAGACAUUAACUGGAUUAAGGUUAUAUGGGUGUAAGUUGAAAUCUUGUGGUUAUAUUAAGCUUCCACAUCUGCAAAAACUUUAUAUGCGACAAGUCGUCAUUGAUCAACAGACAAUCAGGAAUAUGAUCUCUGGCUGCCCUUUGGUUGAGGAUUUGAGAUUCAUACACUGCACAGGUUUGAAAGAUCUGCAGGUUUCGGGUCUUCUAAAACUUGAUAGGUUUGAGAUGCACCAUUUCCAUGGAACAAGAAAGGUUGAAAUUACUGCUCCAAAUCUUUUAACAUUUUGGUAUUGUGGGAAUAUAUCCACACGCUGUGAAAUUGACUUGGUUGCUUGUGCAUCUUUAAAAAGAUUGACGUUGGAGGAUGCCUACAUGACAGACGAAGUUUUUCAAGAUCGGUUUGCUAGUUUUCCUGUACUUGAAAAAUUGGAGUUAAGCAAAUGCCAUCAAUUGAUGAAUAUAACGAUUUCUAGUAUACGGCUUAAACAACUGGUCUUGAGAGGAUGCAAAAAUCUGAUGGGGACUGACAUAGACACUCCAAAUCUUUUUUCUUUUGAAUAUAAGGGUAAUAAGAUGCCCUUCGACUUUACAAAUCCCUUGUGCCUAAAGCAAGCCAAACUAUCUUUUGAACGAGUAGGAGUACAGAGAGCUAGCCUUGAAUUCCAGCUUGGAAUUAGCGAUGCUAUAUGGUUUGAUAGAUUGAGACAAUUUCUUAAAAAGCUCAAGCACUCCAACGGAUUAAAAUUGGUUGUCCGCUGCAAAAAGAAUAUCAUUAUUCAUGAAGAAUUGAGAGAAAUCUUGCUUCCUCCGGUUUGCGAUAUCAAGCUUGAAAUUGUCAAACCAUCAACACGCUUUGAAGAUCUAUUAGAUCAGUUGUUGAGGACAUGGCACCCGGAGACCCUGUCGAUAGUGUCGUCUUCCAACAGCAACUUGCCUAAGUUGGCAUAUCAAAAGAUGAAGUACAGACAAAAGAAUCCAAGCUGCUGCACAUACAACACUCGAAGUAAUAGAUGCUGGCGGCACUUUCUGAAGGAUGUCAAGUAUGAAGGACCUGCUAAUAGAAGAAGGACAUCUAGCUGGAUGGCUUGGUUGAGCUCUGAACGGAAGUCACUCAGAAAAAAUACUUGGUUAGACUCACCUCCAACUGUGCGGUACCAGACAACUACUUUGGCAUUGUUUUGGAAAUCUUGAUGAAUAGGAAGCCAAAGCUCACUUUAUUUUAAGCAAAGUGGCGUUUCCUCCCACCUUAAUUAAGGGUUGGAAGGUGAAGUCGCUUUUCCAAUCCCGUAAGCCUUAUUUUUUAUUGUUUAUAACUAACAGUAGAAAAAGCUGUACCAACGAGAAGCUGAAGACCAAUGUUUUUAAUUCAACUCUUUUUUGAACUUGGAAAUUGUGGUGUAUGUUCAUUUUGUA